AGCUGCAGUAACGGAAGAGAACUGCGCAAUCGCUGAAAUUCCCUCCGUCCGGCAUUAUUGAAGCAGCAACCGGACAGAGUGGACGCCAGAAGCUCGAAAUAUACCGCGUCAGUUUACGAAUUUAUAUACAGUGAGAUUUUUGUAAAUAUAUAAUAAGAAUUAUUUCACAUAAAAUACAAUGAGCAAAUCAAAGGAAUCGUCAGCUACAGAAGGAGAAGCAGAAGAAGAAUUCAGUGUUGAAAAGGUUCUUGAUAGAAGAGUUGUAAAAGGAAAGGUAGAAUAUUUUCUUAAAUGGAAGGGGUAUUCCAAUGAUGAAAACACAUGGGAACCUGAAGAAAACCUCGAUUGUCCCGAUUUAAUAGCACAAUUUGAGGAACAGCGAAAAAAGAAAGAAGCAGCAGCUUCUGGUAAAAGACACGAAGAAAAGGAACAAAAAAAGAGAAAGAGUUCGAGCACUCCUACGCCAACACAAGCGAAGAAAAAAGCAACUGAAGAAAAGAAACCAGAAGGAUUUGACAGAAACUUAGACCCUGAACGUAUUAUCGGAGCAACAGAUUCAAGCGGGGAACUCAUGUUUUUAAUGAAAUGGAAAGGCACAGACGAUGCCGAUUUAGUACCUGCUCGUGUUGCCAACGAAAAAUGCCCACAAAUAGUAAUUAAAUUUUAUGAAGAACGCCUAACAUGGCACAGUCCAGCUCACGAUGAAGAAAGUUCAGCGAAACCUGACCAAGAGUAGCAUUUAGUAUUACAGUACAUGUACACAGCACGCUUUAGAAUUUGUCGCAUAUAACGACAAAUUAUAAUGCGUGGUUUUUUGUAAAUUAUCUUUGAAAUAUAUUAAUGUUGCACUGUGAGAAUAACAAA